AUGCUUAAUUUCAAUAAUAAACUUAUAACAUUUAGUUCCAAAAGGCUUUUGAACUUUUCAUAUUCUAAAUUUUCAACUAAUAAAACGUUAAUCAACAAAGAUCUUUAUUCUUUGGAUAGUGGUUUUGGUGCUAGAUAUUAUUCGUUAUUUUCAAAUAAUAAUAACUGUUAUAGAUCUGGUGUUGUUAAUUCCAGCAAGAAAAGAAAUCUCUUAUCCACUAAUUUUAAUCAAUUGCGAUUUUUUAAAAUGAGUGAUCUUGAUAACCUACCUCCAGUCGACCCGGUCACUGGUGAAGUUAUUAUCAAUCCAUUGAAGGAAGAUGGUACUGAAAAGACACCAAAGGAAAUUGAAAAGGAGAAGAAGAAGGCGGAAAAACUUUUGAAGUUUGCCGCAAAGCAAGCAAAGAAAGCUGCCACUGCUUCCACCAAUGAUGCCAAGCCAAAGAAGCCAAAGGCCAAGAAAGAAGUCGAACCUGUCCCGGAAUUCGUCGACAAGACUGUCUCUGGUGAGAAGAAGAUCCUGGUUUCCUUAGAUGACCCAUCAUUAAAGUCCUAUAACCCAGCCAAUGUUGAAAGUUCCUGGUACGAUUGGUGGGUCAAAUCAGGUUUUUUCGAACCUGAAUUCACUGAAGAUGGUAAGAUCAAAUCAGAAGGUUUGUUUUGUAUCCCAGCACCACCACCAAAUGUUACCGGUGCUUUACAUAUUGGACAUGCUUUAACUAUCUCCAUCCAAGAUGCAUUGAUCAGAUACAACAGAAUGAAAGGUAAGACCGUUUUAUAUUUACCAGGUUUCGACCAUGCUGGUAUUGCUACUCAAUCUGUUGUCGAGAAGCAAAUCUGGGCUAAAGAAAAGAAGACUAGACAUGACUACGGUAGAGAAGCUUUUAUUGAUAAAGUAUGGGAAUGGAAAGAGGAGUACCACAACAGAAUUAAGAACCAAAUUCAUUACUUAGGUGCUUCAUACGAUUGGAAUCGUGAAGCAUUUACUUUAGAUCCAAAAUUAUCUAAUGCUGUCGUUGAAGCCUUUGUUAGAUUACACGAUGAAGGAACCAUCUACCGUGCUAAUAGAUUAGUUAACUGGUCUGUUAAGUUGAACACUGCCAUCUCUAAUCUAGAAGUUGAAAACAAGGAUAUUAAAGGUAGAACUCAAUUAAGCGUUCCAAACUAUGACGAAAAAGUGGAAUUUGGUGUUUUAACUUCGUAUUCUUACGAAGUUGUUGAUUCUCCAACUAAUGAAAAGAUUAUCGUCGCUACCACUAGACCAGAAACCUUAUUUGGUGACAGUGCCGUUGCUGUUCAUCCAGAAGAUCCACGUUACAAGCAUUUGCAUGGUAAGUUUGUUCAACAUCCAUUUUUACCAAGAAAGAUGCCAAUCAUUUGUGAUUCCGAAGCUGUUGAAAUGGAAUUUGGUACUGGUGCUGUUAAAAUUACUCCAGCGCAUGACCAAAACGAUUACAACACUGGUAAACGUCACAACUUAGAAUUCAUUAACAUAUUUACUGACGAUGGUUUACUGAACGAAAACUGUGGUCCAGAAUGGCAAGGAAUGAAGAGAUUUGAUGCUAGAACAAAGGUCCUAGAAAAAUUAAAGGAAACUGGUGCUUACAUUGGUCAAGAAGACAACGAAAUGACUAUCCCAACUUGUUCCAGAUCUGGUGAUAUCAUCGAACCAUUAUUAAAACCACAAUGGUGGGUUUCUCAAGGAGAAAUGGCUAAAGAUGCUAUCAAGGCUGUUAGAAAUGGUGAAAUCACUAUUACUCCAAAAUCUUCUGAAGCGGAAUAUUUCCAUUGGUUAGAAAAUAUCCAAGAUUGGUGUAUUUCCAGACAACUAUGGUGGGGUCAUCGUUGUCCAGUUUAUUUCAUUGAUAUUGAAGAACGUGAAUGUGAUAGAAGUGAUGGCUCCUUCUGGGUUGCUGGUAGAAGUAUUGAAGAAGCUCAAGAAAAAGCUGCUGCAAAAUUCCCAGAUGCUAAGUUCUCCUUAGAACAAGAUGAAGAUGUUUUGGACACCUGGUUCUCCUCUGGUCUAUGGCCAUUCUCCACAUUAGGCUGGCCAGAAAAAACCAAGGACCUAGAAACUUUCUAUCCUGUUUCUAUGUUAGAAACCGGUUGGGAUAUCUUAUUCUUCUGGGUCUCUAGAAUGAUUCUAUUAGGUAUAAAAUUAACCGGUUCAGUUCCUUUCAAGGAGGUAUUUUGCCAUUCAUUAGUCCGUGAUGCUCAAGGUCGUAAGAUGUCCAAAUCUUUAGGUAACGUUGUUGAUCCUUUAGAUGUCAUUGGUGGUAUUAAAUUAGAAGAUUUACAUAGUAAAUUAUUAGUUGGUAACUUAGAUCCAAGAGAAGUUGAAAAAGCGAAGCUAGGUCAACAGGAAUCUUAUCCAAACGGUAUCCCACAAUGUGGUACUGAUGCUAUGAGAUUUGCUUUAUGUGCCUACACAACUGGUGGCCGUGACAUUAACUUAGAUAUUUUACGUGUUGAGGGUUACAGGAAGUUCUGUAACAAGAUUUACCAAGCCACUAAGUUUGCGUUAAUGAGAUUGGGUGAUGAUUAUCAACCACCUGCCACUGAAGGUUUAUCUGGAUCUGAAUCAUUAGUUGAAAAAUGGAUUUUAAGUAAAUUAGCACAUACAUCUAAGACAGUCAAUGAGGCUUUAGAAAACCGUGAUUUCUUAAACUCUACAAGUGCUAUAUAUGAAUUCUGGUACUUAAUUUGUGAUAUUUACAUUGAAAACUCUAAAUAUUUGAUCCAAGAAGGUACUCCUGCCCAACAAAAAUCCGCUAAGGAUACUCUAUACAUUUUAAUUGACAAUGCUCUAAAGAUGAUUCAUCCAUUCAUGCCAUUUAUUUCUGAAGAAAUGUGGCAACGUUUGCCAAAGCGUGCUACCGAAAAAGCCGAAUCUAUCGUCAAGGCCUCUUACCCAUUAUACAAAGCUGAAUACGACGACGUUGCCUCAGCUGCUGCUUAUGAAUUAGUUUUGGACAUCACCAAGGAAGCUCGUUCAUUAUUGUCUGAAUUCAAUAUUUUAAAGAACGGUAAGGUCUUCGUUGAAUCCAGCGAUGAGUCAUCAUUUGCUACCGCUACUUCCCAACAAGAUUCUAUUGUAUCUUUAAUCAAAGCCAUUGAUGAAGUUGUUGUUGUAAGUUCUUCUUCUCAAAUUCCACAAGGUUGUGUAUUAAAAUCUGUCAACCCAGAAGUUAAUGUCCAUGUAUUAGUAAAGGGUCAUGUUGAUAUUGAAUCUGAAAUCUCUAAGGUUCAAAAGAAACUGGAAAAGGCUACCAAGAGCAAACAAGGUAUUGAAAAGACCAUGAGUAGUAAAGAUUACGAAUCCAAAGCCAAUGAACAAGCCAAGGAAGCUAAUAAUGCUAAAUUAGAAAACACAAUUGCUGAGAUUGAAGGUUUGGAAGCCACUAUCAGAAACUUAGAAGCUUUAAAGUUAUAG